AAUUAAUUUAACUGUUUUUUCAUGAAAAUUAGAAUAAAUUGUAUUCUUGGUAUACACGCACACUACUACACAUCGUCGGUUUGGCAGCUGUCAGAACAGUCCUAGCCGCCCCCAAACAACGCAAAGCAGUGUGGAAAGUGCAAUAGAAAUCCAUCUCGGUGGAUCGAGGAAAAAUCGAACAAUUUGCAUGCUGUGUGGUUUUUCGCCUACGCACAUCGUGGCGUGUUCCCGUUCCCGUCCAGCGGUCCUAAUCCAUCCGAAGCGCAACGGGUUGCGAUGAGCUUGCCGGGACGAAAGCUACGUUGAACCGUAAGCGUGUGCAGCGUGUGUAUCGAUCACCGCGGCGCGUUCAGCCGGUAAAACUGUAGACGGGCUGACCAGCAGCGAUUAUUUUGCACCUCGCGGCCACACAUUCCACACAGAAUCGCUGUGAUCGAAGAGUGAUUUCGAAGUCAUAAUCGAUUGUUCAACGUUAGCAGCAUUAAGGGCAUCCGUGCGAGUAAAAUCGAGUUUUCGCUAGUCAAUGCAGUGAAGCAGCAGGGCAAUUGGCGAACAAGCAAGUGGUGGAUUGUGAAGCACGACUUCCUAAUUAACAUCCCGCGAACUUAACGUGCUGCGUGCUACUAGCUUACCAUGAGUGAAGCCUAUUUGACCAAGGAGCAUCUGGCUGGAUUUGAUAAUUAUAAGUACAAUGCUAAGGACACAUCGCCACUCAGUAUUUAUGUUAUGCAUCCGUUUUGGAAUUGGCUCGUAGAGUAUUUCCCAAAAUGGAUUGCACCGAACCUGAUGACUUUUGCCGGCUUUCUGUUCACCGUGGCCAAUUUUGUGAUGCUAUCUUGGUACGACUGGGGAUUCUGGGCGAGUACGGAGCUGGAAAACACAACACCGGUACCGAACUGGUUCUGGGCACUGGCGGCUGUAAAUAUAUUUCUCGCCUACACGCUGGACGGCAUCGAUGGUAAGCAGGCACGAAGAAUUAAGCUUUCCGGGCCGCUUGGCGAGCUAUUCGAUCAUGGGCUCGAUUCGUACUCGGCGUUUUUCAUUCCGGCUUGUCUGUACAGCAUAUUCGGUCGUGGCCCAACGUCGGUACCACCGAUACGCAUGUACUACAUCAUGUGGACGAUAUUCUUCAGCUUUUAUCUAUCACACUGGGAAAAGUACAAUACGGGUGUGCUGUAUUUACCGUGGGGAUACGAUCUCGGCAUGUGGGGUUCCGUAUUGAUGUACCUAGCCACGUGGAUGUUUGGCUAUCAGCUGUGGAAAGUGACGCUGCCGUGGGAUCUAUCGGCUGGUCAAUUGAUGGAACUUUGCCUUCACAUUAGCGCCAUGUCCAACCUACCGAUGGUGGUUUUCAAUAUGUACCGAUCGUAUAAAGAUCGUACAGGCAAAAUGCGCACUAUGAAGGAAGCGAUGCGUCCACUAUUUACGUACGGUAGUUUUAUGUUCGUUUGUUUGCUUUGGGUGUUUGUGUCGCCGAGCGAUAUUAUGAACCGAGAUCCGCGGGCCGUCUACAUCAUGACGGGAACAGUUUUUAGUAACAUUAGCUGCCGGUUAAUUGUAUCGCAAAUGUCCAACACUACAGCGGAAACGUUCAACUGGAUGACAGGCGUUUUAUGCGGGGCCGUUGUAAUGAGCCUUACUAUGCCAUUGCUCGAACGACCGUUACUGUAUUUGCUCGUAAUCGGAUCUUCCCUAGCUCAUUGGCACUAUGGUUCCGGUGUUGUCCAACAAAUGUGCAAACACUUCAAUCGACGCUGCUUUAUGGUGACAAAACCGGACGAAUCCAAAGAAUAGGAGGCACUGCUCUAUGCUGUCUAGCUUCCAGUGUCCGACAGUACUACGCAAAUUAUGGACAUACCUGAAAGCUGUUGAGGCAACUGGUUUCGAACCUUAACCGAAACACUAUGGCUUUGGUUACUUCAUUUAGUGGUUGUUUCCUCCUUGCUUACAUGGUGAGGCAAUCUGUCUUAUAUAUUAACAGAGAGCAUCACAAUGGGUUUGAACCAAAUACGCUUUUAAAUAAUAUUUCAUGCUUGAUGUGAAAGUAGCUAGAACGCCAUCACAAGUAAAAUGCUUUAACAAUCGAACGAUGCACAAUGUAAUAUGUGCAGUGGUUCGUUUAGCUUAUUUUUAUGGAAUUGUAACGCCUAGGAAGGCAAUCCAUCGGAACUAAUAUUUUAUUUUGAUCCUACAAAGAAGCUAGCGAGAGUGAGUCCUUUGAAUCAAUCAGUACUUUGACCAAACGACUCGCGUAGCGCCAAACGGUCAAUCAUAUCGAAUUAUGAAUAGGGAAGAAGUGGUAUGAAAAAAAGCAUCUUAAAAUACCAUGAUAUAUCAUGAUGGUAUUUAUCUCCCAUCUACAUACCUCACAAUUUACUAGUUACAUAUAAACUGUAAAGGACGCUAAACACAUACCACACACUGUGCUUCUGGUACUUCAACAUUUGUCUCGACAUCACAUACAUCAGCAACCUGACCCCGGAACUGGUGACUUCAUAAACAUUAGCAUAAUAUACAUCCAAAGAAGUAAUUUAACGUCUAACCUACGCUUCGCUCUUCCUUGUGCAAGCUCCGUUUCGUCCUUAGUAUUUGACAGUACUAACUACAUUUUAUAUUAUCCUAAUCGGUAGCUACAAUACGUUUCUCUGUAUAUAGUGCUCGUUGUAAGUAACAAUUAUAUUAACAAAUUAAAGUCAAGACGACUUGUGUGUGUUCCACGGCCUUCCCGCGCAGGUAUUUCCUGUCGUGGAAGCUACCUAUUUCGCCAUAUCGCGACGAAUCAAAGAAUUAAGCGCUAUGCCGUGGUUUACCGUGGUGGUCGCGUUACGGUCAGAUAUGCACCGCUACUGCAGAAUGAUUAACGUAAUUUUGUGCCGUAACAUAUUUGUAUAGUGUAUUUUGCAUCACAGACGCGAUUUUUGCAUUUUAUAAUCGUGACAAUUCAUUCAGGAAAACAGUAAGAAUACAUGGAUAAAAAUGUAGCCAGGCAAGAUUGAAUAGGAAUUGUUUCGAUGGUGGUUUGUUACAACCAAACACAAGAAACAGAUUGCAGCGGUGCCUGCAAGCAGCAACUCCUUAGCGACAGAGUAACUAACGAUCUCGUUGUACACAUGUUAACAGUUUCCGGAAGGAAAAAUAACGACAAUAACGAGUAGACAGAAAUAGUUUCUAUCGUGUGGUGUGUUAGAUUGAAACGUUUCCUGCCCCACAGUCUCUUGUUAUGUUGAUAUUAAAUAUUAAAUUAUCGAUUUGGUGUCUGUUAGAAAGCCAUAAAGAUUGUUCAGUUCUCCAGUAUGCUCCCACGUGCGUUGAUAAUAAACAAGGAUUCGUGAAUUGACAUUAAAAUAUAGCGCUGUAUGUAACGAGCACGAUUUUUCAAUGUCUGUGAAUGAUAAGUUAUUACCAUUAUACACCUUAUUUUUACUGCACCAUGAUCCCUCUAUUUCUCUCUAUCACAGUGCCAUAUAAUAUCAUUUAUUUAUAAUUCAAUGAGUUCAUCACAAAACAAUAUCCUUUUCAAAUGCCUAUUUUAAUUGGAAUACUACGACACGUGUGCACAAUUAUGUGUGAAAUCCUAAAUAUUAAUUAUUAACUACUUUAGUUCUGAAUAAAUUAGUUUUUUGUUA